GGCAUCAUGGUGAUGUAGGAGCUCAUUAUGCUGAUAUAGUUCUUCCUGGAGUAGCCUAUACAGAAAAGAGUGCUACGUAUUUAAACACUGAAGGUCGUGUACAGCUUACUCGAGCCGCAGUGCCCCCACCAGCUUCUUCACGUGAAGAUUGGAAGAUCAUCCGUGCUUUAUCUGAGAUUGCUGGAUUCACUUUGCCUUACGAUGAUCUUCCUUCUCUCCGCGAUCGCAUGAAUGAUAUCGCACCACAUCUCACUCGUUAUGGUGUAACCGAGAACACUAGUAACUCACAAUUGGGUAUUGAGCAUCUCUCGGAAUUAGCGACAAAUUCAUCUGAUGCUAAAUUAAACCCUAUAAUUCAGGAUUUUUAUAUGGCAGAUAGCAUUUCUCGAUCAAGUCAAACUAUGGCAAAGUGCUCUGCUGCCUUCACAAAAAAUAAACGUGAACCUCAAUUGCAAGAAUUUAGCCCGGGCGAUGCCCCGG